AUGUUUGUCCGGCUGCUGGUCCAUACGCUGCGAGAAAAGGGGGAGACGGAACUGGUUUCCCAGUUGAAUACCUUCGAGAGGAAGCUGAUGCUGAACGACCAAAGCUUGACCCUUGACACCGGCAAGGAGGACCAUUCCUUUGUCGAGGUUGAAAUUCCCCUAAGCUACGAGGUUAAGGACAUGCCCAUGGUGCAGCAUGUUGCCCGCAUUUUUAACGUCCCCCUCACCCAAGUACAGGUGGACAUCGACCGCUACAAGUCAGAAUGGACGGAAGAGGCUGCCCUGAAGGAUUACAAGGCCUACCAGUUCAGGCUUUCUGCAGGCAUGGCCGGCACACUUCGGAAGCAGGACUUUGACCUAGACGAGGCGUAUGAGGAAUGGAAGAAGGGAGAAGCCCCUCACCUGGCCAAAAUCUUCGCAGAAAUUUUGAGCAUCCGCCCCGAUUUGAAGGGGGCAUCUGGCCCCGGUAGCGAAAGGCCGUUGCCUUCCGUCAGAAUGUCCAUGUACGAGGACCAGAGCUACGCCGAGCUCGCAAAGCGUCUCGCCGAUGCGGACGCAUCCUCUCCAACAAGUCCCUUUGAUCCCUCCUUCAACUUUGGCUCCUUAUCCCUGGAGGAUACCGCGAGCAUACGGAGCGUUGACGAGCCAAACUAUACCUUCAUCCCACCAGACCCUCGUUCUGUGUAUAAGGCCAUCCUGCAGUAUGCCCUAUCGUAUGACCAACAAAACUCGGAUGUGUCGGAAACGCCACUGGCGGAGGAGACCGCGCAGUUUUUGGUAGAGGUUGCAGCUCGUUGGCGGAUUCCUCAGUUUUCACGCCAUGUCGCCCUGGUUGAGGUAGCUGCCCACAAGUUCAUCGAGCAGGAAUUGCCCGGCGAGCAGCUGUAUAACUGCUUGGAGCUUGUAAAGAAACCCCUGGAGGAGGGGAAGAAGCCAUCCCUUAUUCAAGGGUACACGUCCUCUCUGACAGAUAUCCCUUCAAGCAAGUGGACCGUUGUCGAUUUCGCCGGCUAUCGUCAAGCACUGCAUGAUCUCCACGAUGCCUUGUUAAGAGAGCUGUACGUUCUUCUGACGCGCUGUUACGAGCCAAACCCGCCCACGGUCGGCGUUGUCAUGGCGCUCUUGAACGAUCACAUCCUGAAUGAUACGGCCCUUUCACAACGGCCAAAUGAGGCUGAGGAAUUCACCAAACAACUCGAUACUGGGCUCCGCGAGGCAGCUGCUCAGGCAUACCGCAAACUACUGGACAAUGUUAUCCCGCCACACCAGCGUGACUGGCACUUUGGUCAUGUCAUUGACCUAGGCAAGGGGGUGGUUGCGCUCGCUGAGAAGAUCAAGAAGCGGUACCGCCGGAGCCCCGAGAUCAUGGGCGCCAGCCCAUUCCGGGCGUUAGUGGAAACUGCGUUGCCAAGCUUUGAAGAGGAUGCGCAUGAGAUCAUUAAGCGGGUCGUUGCCAUGGCCAAGGAAUCCGGCGAGGAGGUGGCCCUGCAGGAUGGGUUCGACAUGUACAAGGAGCUUGGCGAGAUCCGGAAAAUGCAUGUCGAACUCUUGCCUCGGCAGCCAUUUGCCUUCAGCAUUGAGAGCUUGCUCGAAGAUUUUGUCUGGCGCUGGCUCAAGACGGUCCACGAGAAGGUGAUUCCUUUCGUUGAUGAGGCAAUUCGGCAGGACCAGUUCAAGGUGCGCACGCGGCACCCAGACGACAUUCCUGCAGACGACGAGCGUCACAGCGUGUCCGUAAUCGACAUUUUCACCUUUUUCAAUCAGACGGUCGACCAGUUAGUUAAGCUAGAAUGGAAGGACGAGGUGCAGGUCGCACGGUUCAUGACGUCUUUGGCAAAGGCGGUCUCCAUCGGCAUCGGACGUUACUGUGAGGUUGUAGAGGGCAUGUUUGCCAAGGAGAUGGACCGGCCGACGCAACAAGAAGCUGCAGCAGCUAAGUCAGCUCAGGAGAGGUUUCUGCAGUAUGCGAAGGAUGCUUGGAAUAACAAAGAAAAGAUUGAGCCAUUCCAAUUUUAUCCAACGUCCUUCGUCAAGUUUAAUAACAUCGAGUGGGCAAUGCAAGCUCUGGAUCGGUUAGAGAAGCGCAUGAACGUCGACGAAUGCGCUGAGAUUCUGCGCAAGUUAGAAGGACCACGUCAGUAUGCGAAGAAGCCAGCUCACUAUGUCUUCACUAUUAAGAUCAUUGAAGGCGAGGAGCUCAAGGCAUGUGACCCUAGCGGCACCAGCGACCCUUACGUCGUUCUCUGCGAUGAAUACCAGAAGCGGUUGUUCAAGACGCGCGUUAUCCAGCGUAACCUCAACCCACGCUGGGAUGAGUCAGUUGAUAUCACCGUGUCAGGUCCGCUGAAUCUCAUCCUGACAGUCUGGGACCACGACAUGUUUGGCGACCACGACUUUGUCGGGAGAACGUCGCUGAAGCUAGAUCCAGUGCACUUCAGCGACUAUCUCCCGAGAGAGUUCUGGCUAGAUCUGGAUACCCAAGGCAGGAUCCUGAUUCGGGUCAGUAUGGAGGGUGAGCGAGACGAUAUCCAGUUUUAUUUUGGUAAGGCUUUCCGGCAUCUUAAGCGGACAGAGCGUGAUAUGGUCCGCAUGGUCACCAGCAAGCUCACGAUGCAUAUUAAUUCGUCGCUUUCCCGCGACACUCUGCGCGGUCUGUUGAACAAGGGCUUGGCUGCCUCGGUGACCAGCCUCUGGAAGAAGCGGCAGUCACAGGCAGCAACAGUAACACCGCAGGAAGUGGAGGAUGCACUGCAGCCACUGUUUACCUAUUUUGAUGAGAACUUCGCCAUCAUGAAGCAGACGCUCACGGACGCAACCAUGAUGGCAGUCAUGACCCGACUUUGGAAAGAGGUGCUUAUCGCAAUCGAAAACCUGCUUGUUCCCCCUCUGUCAGACAAGCCAUCAUCGCAGAAGCCGCUGACGCAAGCGGAGAUGGAUAUCGUUUACCGCUGGCUGGAGCUGCUGUUUGCCUUCUUCAACGCCAAAGACCAAGAGUCGGGCGAGGUGCUCGGCGUCCCUGCCGACGUACUAAAGUCGCCUAAGUGGCACGAGCUCGCGUCGCUCAACUUCUUUUACUUUGACUCGACUGAGUCCCUCAUCCGUACGUCGGAGCGCAUGGCCGCUGCUAACGUCGAGCGUGCCAAGCAACAAGCCCAGCAGCAGAUGCGUCUCUCAGCACCAGCAACCCUUGGCGUCCCAGGUGUGCCGGGCGGCCCUGGCUCCGUGCCGGUCCCGAUCGCGUUUGGCAGUCUCGGUACCAUCCGGCGUGGCAAGAGCAUCAUGAUGAGCCGGAACCUGGGCACGAUGCGGAAGUUGAAAGAGGAGCGUCGCCGCGAGGCACAGGCAGAACCUAGCGACGAUAUGAUCUUGCGAAUUCUGCGUAUGCGGCCCGAGGCGGCCGGCUACCUCAAGGAGAGGCAAAGACAGAAGGAGCGCAUGGCAGCACAGCAAGCGGCUGCCAUGAUUGUACGACAGAGCGUUUAUCAGCAGACGGGAUGGGGCCCGGCUGGGUUCAAUGCCAACAGCGGAAACGGGGGCGUGGCAUCGGGGGCAGCGGCCCCAUUUGGUGGGCCGUUGUAUGGACGGGGAGGACUACCUAGGCGGUAG